AUGCCUUUCUGUGCUCUCCUCCAGAGAUGCCCACUCGGGGUUCAAAAGGUCCUGGCUCGCCCCGGUCCUCCUAUGAUGGACUUGUCCUCACUAGACGGGCCGCCUAUUCUUGAUACAAGGAACACCAUCACAUCAGGCCCCAUCGACUUCUCGUCCUUGGACGGGGGUCCAUUCAUCACCGACUCAGUAACCUGUCAUCCCCCAAAUCCCACCGUUCCUUGUAUCCACGAGGAGCCACCUAUCCCACAAGCCGACGCCCGGUAUCACUUGCUUUCGAAGCCUCUUCCCCCAAGGCCAGCCUCUACAGAUUCCUCGCCAUCACGGCAACGACACAGGGUCGUCAGGCGACGAGCCAUAUUUGAUGACGACAUAUCAACCCAAACCAACACCAGCAACAAUCUCAGACGCGCCCCCGCUAGACGAGGCCGAGUGAACCCUAACGAGGAGCAUUCGGCAGACGAGGACAACGAUGAUAGUUCACAUCCAAUCCUCCAAACCUUGACGACCCCGACCGCCCCUAAUCUGAGACGAUCACACACCUGUGAUCCUCUUGUCUGGUUAGAAGAAGAAGGCCUAUGGGAGAUCCCUAGCCGCUGGCCAUCACGGGCGACCAUCCCAUCUCAACGCAGUCAACCAAGUUGCAGUCGACGCAGUCGUAGUCGAUCCUCAGCUUCGACGGUCUUCAGUGCCAUACCCGAUGGGUGGCCUAUGCACAUGCAUCAUGGAUGGCCGCCAAAUCAAUUCGACACCGUUCGUGUCCAUAUUGACAGCGCCCUAGGUGAAUCACCCCCAUCAUACGACAGCCAUGCUUUCAGUCCAACCUACGUGAUGCGAAUGCAAGAUGGGCCGUUGCUUGGAUGGACCCGUCGCGUGCCCCAUGUCUCGGCUAAUUGA